CUCCGUUUGCUUUGUGAAAAGUCCGAGUCGUUACUGUGUGUUUCAAACAAUGUGGGGAACUGGUGGUGGCGGCUGGGAACGACUUGCCCGGACCGGCUUUUUGAAAAUGGACUCUUCCUAUGUGGCGACACGUUGGCGGACCACGCACUGAGCAGAUUUCUGGAGACAUGGCCACAGAACAUAUUAAUGGAAAUGGUCCAGAAGAACCAAUGGACACCUCUGCUGCAGUUACCCAUUCUGAGCACUUCCAGACUUUAUUAGAAGCUGGUUUACCACAGAAAGUUGCUGAAAAACUAGAUGAAAUUUACAUAGCAGGAUUGGUGUCACACAGUGACUUAGAUGAUCGAGCGAUUGAGGCUCUGAAAGAAUUCAACGAGGAAGGUGCUCUCCAAGUCCUGUUGCAAUUCAAGGACAGUGACCUCUCACAUGUUCAGAAUAAAAGUGCCUUUCUUUGUGGCGUGAUGAAGACAUACAGACAAAGAGAGAAGCAAGGGACCAAAGUGGCAGACACCAACAAAGGACCAGAUGAAGCCAAAAUCAAAGCGUUGCUGGAGAGGACUGGUUACACACUGGAUGUAACUACAGGCCAGAGGAAGUAUGGUGGUCCUCCACCUGAGUCAGCUCAUUCCGGAGCACAGCCAACUGUUGGGACUGAGAUAUUUGUUGGCAAAAUCCCCAGAGAUCUCUUUGAGGAUGAGCUUGUUCCUCUGUUUGAAAAAGCUGGGCCCAUCUGGGACCUGCGUCUAAUGAUGGAUCCUCUCAGUGGCUUGAACAGAGGCUACGCCUUUGUCACUUUCUGUACUAAAGAGGCGGCACAGCAGGCUGUCAAAUUGUGCAACAACAAUGAAAUUCGACCUGGCAAACAAAUUGGCGUGUGCAUUUCAGUGGCCAAUAACAGGUUGUUUGUCGGCUCCAUCCCCAAGAGUAAAACAAAAGACCAGAUUGUUGAAGAAUUUGCAAAAGUCACAGAGGGUUUAAAUGAUGUCAUAUUGUACCACCAACCUGAUGACAAGAAGAAGAACCGUGGCUUUUGCUUCCUGGAGUAUGAAGACCACAAGACAGCGGCUCAGGCCCGCCGACGUCUGAUGAGUGGCAAAGUGAAAGUGUGGGGCAAUGUGGUCACUGUAGAAUGGGCUGAUCCCAUCGAGGACCCUGACCCAGAGGUCAUGGCUAAGGUGAAAGUGCUGUUUGUGAGGAACCUCGCAAGCUCUGUUACAGAGGAAAUUCUUGAAAAGGCCUUUAGUCAGUUUGGCAAGUUGGAGCGUGUGAAAAAAUUGAAAGACUACGCAUUCAUCCACUUUGAAGAAAGAGAUGGUGCCGUGAAGGCUCUGGCUGAUCUCAAUGGAAAGGACCUGGAAGGAGAACAUAUUGAGAUAGUCUUCGCCAAACCUCCUGACCAGAAGAGGAAAGAGCGCAAAGCUCAGAGACAAGCAGCCAAAACACAAAUGUAUGAUGAAUACUAUUACUACGCACCUCCACACAUGCCGCCACCCACGAGAGGUCGCGGACGAGGCGGGCGUGGUGGUUACUCUUACCCUCCCGACUACUACAGCUAUGAAGACUAUUACGAUUACUACGGCUACGACUACCACAACUACCGGGGCGGCUAUGACGACCCGUUCUAUAGCUACGAUGAUUUCCAGGGCUCUGGGAGAGGACGAGGAGCAAGAGGUGGUCUCCGCGGUAUCAGUCAAACCAGGGGCCGUGGCAGCAUCACACCUAGAGGGAGAGUGGGCUUCUCACAGCGUGGCGGCUCUGGAACGAGCAGAGAAAGUGGUUUGAUGGCGCUAUCUACAGUGGAAAAGAGUGCUGCAUCUAUGAAUCCAACAAAGGGCGCUGUCUCGCAAGUCAAUUCACAAUAUUCUCCAGCAGGAAGAUGCUUUGACAAGAUGUGAUGUGUAACUGCACGUUUUUCAGGGAAGCGGGGCCGAGGGCGGUCCUGACCUGUCAAACACAGCGGAUACUGACUUGAUGUGUGGGGUUACACCAUGAGCUGCAAAGGAUGUUGAAACAAAAAAAAGAGCGUGACAAAAAAAGGUCCAAUGAUAUUCCAGCCUUACAGAAGAAGCAUCUCUCCCCUUUCCUGUUUGUUUUUAUUUUUUUGUUAAAAUGAAACUGCCACCUUUUUAAAAGAUGACCGAACGAUUUUGUGUACUCGCCUAAGCCUCUUUCGCCCCUGUGCCCCUCUAGCUAGCCCUGACAACAGGGUGUCAAUUUAUUGCCCUAACAAUCUCCCCCGUUCCCUGUCCCCGAACAUGCCAUUUUUAAAUAAUUAUUGAAGAAUUUGCACUUUUUAAGUUUCUUAGGUUUGAAGUGGCUCGAAGGAGCUUGAUGCUAUUGUAUAUUUUUGUGCUAAUCGCAAUUUUUAUUGUUGGAAUAUCCACGUUAAAUCAUUUUGAUGUGGAUGUUUGAAAGAGAACAUUUGCAGGUUUUUAUUUAGGGUGUACCCACCUGGCAUGGAUAAGUCAGGCAUUCCAAGAAAGUGGUUCUUUUCAGAACUUGUCUUUAAAGGGUUGGUUGACUACCUCAGUACAGAGGACUAAACUACCCGGCCUGUACUGUAAAUAGGGAAACUAUAUUGAUGAAAGCAGGGCUUGUUCUCAUACAAAAUAUGCACAAGAGCUGCGGCACUCAAACAAUGUACUUAAUGUAAUAUAGUCAUUUUUGCUGCAGCUCUGACACUGCAAACAGUCAAACUGGGCAUGCAAAACAAUCUCAUCAGAUGAGUCCGAAUGAGCCCUGCUUUUAUCCUAUUUUGAACUGAAUUAGCUGCCUCGCUUCUUCAGAGUAUGUAGUUACUGUUUGUAUAGUUUUGUUUUUGUUUUUUGUUUUUUUUUUUGGAUAAAAUGUUACUUUGUAAAGGCUUCAAUGUCACGGGCAUCAGACAGCCUUUGAUUUUAAUGGAUAACAACAAAAUAAAGGCCCUGCAGUGUCCCUUUGUGCCACUGUAAUCCAGUGGGUUUGUUUAUUUUUAAUAUAUCAAAACAUCUUCAGACAUCAUAAUCAUUUAACAUCAUCGCCAAUCCAAUUGUGUAAGGUCAUGUUCAUCUGGACUGGUCCCUCUUCCAUCUCUCAAAACCAGCGACUGUGUACAAGUUCGUCUUGAUGACCAGUUGGGCAUUAUGUGAUGCCUAAAGUUAUGGUUUUGGUGUUGGGAUCACAACGUGGUAUAAGGGAUGCUGCAGUGAAUGAAAUCUAUUUCCAGGUAUAUCUCCAAGGAAACUGUGCUGUUCAAUUCCAGUUUUCUAUACAGUUAACUCCCUCAAUAAAAUUCAUAACCACCUUUUGAGAAAAAAAAAUGUUAGCAGUUUUAAACUAUUGUUGGUGGCCAACAACGUUUUUUGCAUUCCUGCAAAUAAAUUGUUUUAUACUGUAAAAUGGAGGUGAGUGUAACUUAUUUUUGUAAUAAAGUUUUUGAUUUCUA